AUGAAGCCUUCAUACUGCAAAUCCUCCCUCACGGCAGGAAAGCCUGUUAGCCGCCAUGUCACAACCGCAUUCUCAAAGACGACUAGACCAAGGUCACUCUCUACAGCACCCCUAGUUGCAGACAAGGCGACUGGUAUUGUCACACCUUCUACUUUGGCAGCUCUGCCCACACCAGUCCUUAUGAGGUCUCUUUUGGUCUCUGCCAUCUCCUCAAAGCCUAUGCUCCUCGGCCCUUCACUCGCAGCGCUAUCAUUCUUCACAAGACCAAACAGAGGAUUCUUCACAGAUGUCGACAGAAACCCUGUUCUUCACUCUUUGCUCAAGAGCGUUUUUUACAAGCAGUUCUGUGCGGGAGAGACACCAAAGGAGACGCAAGAGACCAUGCGGCACCUGAGAUUUAUGGGUUUCCGCGGUACAAUCCUAACAUACGCGAAAGAAACAAUUUUUGAUGCAAAGACGAACGUGGAGCACGGCUUGGGUAUCGAGUCGGAGGAUCUGACAAAAGGUGGUCUCGAUUCUACCAUCGAGUCCUGGAGGCAGGGUGUUUUGGAGACUGUCGAUCUACUUGGUGAUGGCGAUCAGCUUGCUCUCAAACUUACAGGAGCCGGCCCUCGUGUCACAGAGGCUUUUGCCGCAAGGCAGCUGCCUCCCCAACAAAUGAUGCAAGCCCUCGAAGAAGUGAGCCAAAGAUGCAAAGACCGUGGCGUGAGACUCCUCCUUGACGCCGAGUCUCAACACUUCCAAUGGGGCAUCUUCCUUGCAGGCAUGGAACUGAUGCGCAAAUUCAACCGCGACGGCUACGCUACGAUUUACAACACUUACCAGGCAUAUCUCAAGAGCACUCCGACCACCCUGGCCAAGCACCUGGAGAUGGCCAACCAAGAAGGCUUCACGCACGGCCUGAAGCUAGUCAGAGGCGCCUACAUGGGCUCCGACGAGCGGUCCCUGAUUCACGACACAAAGAAGGAUACUGAUAACGCCUACAACAGCAUCGCGCAGGGUGCCCUUAGACGGCACAUUGGAGAAUAUGGAGCCCCGGGCGGCAAGCCGUUCCCCUCGCUCAACCUCUUCCUGGCGAGUCACAACAAGGAGAGCGUGGUCACGGCGCACAAGCUCCACCAGCAGAGGCUAAAGGAAGGACUCCCGACGGUGCCGGUUGGUUUCGCGCAGCUGCAGGGCAUGUCGGACGAGGUCAGCUUCUCGCUGCUGGCGCUCAAGGAGGAGGGGAGCCAAGACCCUUCGCCGCAGGUGUGGAAGUGCUCGACGUGGGGCAGCAUGGGCGAGUGCGUGGCGUAUCUUUUGCGGAGGGCGGUGGAGAACCGGGAUGCCGUUUCCAGGACGGUGGACGAGUAUGCGGCGCUCAAGGCGGAGACCACAAGAGUCAACAUGGAAGCAUUCAAGGAUGUCAAGUUGUGCAUUUUGGGUUGUGGUAACCUAGGAAUUCCCAUUCUGAAAUCACUGCUGGAAGACAACACCCUCCCCAUCACUCAAUUCAUCGCAUGUGUUCGAAGCGAAAAGUCUGAAGAGGCCCUAAAGACACGCUUCUCCAGUGCAGGAGACAAGCUCGUGGUUUCAAGGGGCGACAACAUUGCGGCCUUGCAAAAAUCGGAUGUUGUAGUGCUAGGAGUGGACCCCGCGGAUGUCGAAGAAGUUCUGUCCAAGCCGGGUACGAAAGAGGCUUUGAAAGACAAGCUUCUGAUCAGCGUAGCCGCCGGCUGGACUCGAGGCAAGCUAGAAGCUACGAUAUACGGAAGCGAGACGACAUCCGAGAACACAGAGGACCGGGCUUGGGUCGUUCGGACGCUCCCCAACAUUGCGGCUAUGGUCUCUCAGUCCCUUACUGCGAUCGAGAUCUCGGAGCCAUCAGUGCCAGCCAAGUACAUGGAGCUCACCGAAGCCAUCUUCAAUAAGAUUGGCAAGACGGUGAAGAUUGCGCCGAAGCUGAUGAACGCUACGACCGCCGUGGGAGGAUCUACGCCAGCCUUCUUUGCAGUCAUCGCAGAUGCUCUCAUCGAUGCUUCCGUUGCCGUCGGUGUUCCAAGGGAUCUUGCACAGACUAUGAUCUUCCAGUCCAUGCUGGGUAGCGCGACGCUCAUGCAGAACGGUCUGCAACCAGGCAGCCUGAGAGAUCAAGGAACAUCACCGGAAGGGUGCACAAUCGGAGGCCUGAUGGUCUUGGAGGAAGGGGCUGUAAGAGGGCACCUUGGAAAGGCUUUGAGAGAGGCUGUGACAGUCGCUCGUCUCAUGGGUAGCGAUCCUCACCCCAAUGAUACCAGGCAUUAG